ACAUCCCACCCAGCCGCCCCGCUCCGGCACCGACAUGCCUCGCAACGAGAGUCCCCCGCCAUCGGCCCCCACAAAGGCGUCCCUCGUCAAGUGGUGGACCCAAUUUACCAAUGCUCAGAAGUUUGCAAAGUACAGAGAUCCCCACAAGCCACUCUCAGACGACGAGGAUCACCCCGUGUUUGGAAAACCUUUGAGAGAGAGUCUCAGAUACGCCAGCGUACAGAUAUCCACAGCGAAUGCCAACGGCAGCUUGUACGUCUGGGGUUACAUACCAGUUGUUGUCGCGAAGUGCGGCCUCUACCUCAAAGAGAAUGCUACUGAAGUACAGGGCACAUUCCGCGUGAGCGGUUCGACCAAACGUAUGCGGGACUUGCAGAUGGCAUUUGAGACCCCACCACGAUACGGGAAGAACCUCGAUUGGAAGAAAGAGCAGUUCACGACGCACGACGUCGCGAGCGUGUUCAGGCGAUACCUGACCCAGAUGCCCGAGCCUGUCAUACCACAUGAUUUGUACCACCACUUUCGGGAUGCACUGGCAAAACAACCAUGCAACCACGAAGAAGUAAUCGCGACCUACAAGAAGCUAAUCCAGAAGAUGCCCCGCGCGAACCAAUACCUCCUUCUUUACGUCCUCGACCUCCUCUCCGUCUUCGCGCGCAAGAGCGACAAGAACCUUAUGAACGCCACCAACCUCGCAGUGAUCUUCCGCCCCGGACUGAUCUCACAUCCAAAUCACGAGCUCACGCCGCACGAGCACGCGCUCUCACAGCGGGUGCUCGAGUUCCUCAUCGAGCAGCAGGAUUGGUUCCUGCUCGACAUU